CGAAAAUUAUUCAAAUACGCCUAUUCGUGACGGUUCCGUUGCUGCAAUAUGUUGUGGCAGGAUGUUUUCGGUCAAAAUGACAUUCAUGCCAACAAUAAAUGGUUUCUUUCGGCUUGGCAAAUUUUUACAUUAAUUAUAAUUGGCUGGUUUGCAGAAGCCGGAAAUUGUGAAUUUGGUAGUUUCGAAAAACUCGUUGUACCCGAUACCUACACCAUUUCCAGCGUUUCAGCAUCACCACAGGGGCGCUCCUUUGCGCCACGUUCUUACUAUGAAGGCGGCACCGAGUGCACAGUGGGCACAGAAUGCACCCCACUACACGACUGUACGGCAAUGAUCUACGAAGUGGCGAAACGUUGCUAUUAUGGCGACAAAUCACUAUUUUGCGGCGGGGGCGAGGAAAUGCCAUACGUAUGCUGUCCGAGCAGUCCGCUCGAAAAGAAUCAAGUGUGCGGCAAAUCACUGGUGCAAGGACAUUUCUAUCGUGGCCUAGGCACACACCCGUUCGUGGCGCGCGUCGGUUUCAAGCAUAUCAACACUGGUGCUUUUGCGUAUCCUUGCGCUGGUUCGGUCAUUGCGAGACGCGUCAUUUUAACAGCUGCUCACUGUGCUUUGGCUAAGGCAGAAGGACAUCGACUCUCUUCGGUGCGCGUGGGUGAAUAUGACACCUCCAGUGAUCCGGAUUGUGCGAGCACAGGAUUUUGUGCGCCUCGCUCCGUCAAUCAUGCGAUUAGCCAUGUCAUUGUGCAUCCAGACUAUAAACAGGGCCAAUAUCAUCACGAUAUCGCUUUGCUGGUACUAAAAACGCCACUCAACUAUUCAGUCGCAACUCAACCAAUUUGCCUGCAAAAGUCGCGAACCAACUUGGUGGUGGGUAAGCGCGCAACGAUCGCAGGCUGGGGCAAAAUGUCCACCUCCAGUACGCGUCAACCGGAAAUGGCACAUUUGGACGUACCACUAACCAGCUGGGAUCUUUGUUUGCGUAAUUACGGCUCCACCGGUGCACUUGAAUCACCCAAUUCAAUAGAAGGACAAUGGAUGUGCGCAGGUGGUGAGGGCAAAGACGUGUGUCAAGGUUUUGGUGGUGCGCCGCUAUUUAUACAGGAAAAUGGCAUUUACUCGCAAAUCGGUAUAAUGUCCUUUGGUUCGGAUAAUUGUGGCGGCUUGCGUAUACCGAGUGUUUACACAUCGGUGGCUCAUUUCGCUGAAUGGAUACACGACAAUACGCCACCGGAGUAAGCGGCACUCUUACCCGCGUGUGAGAAGUUUUGGAGUAUUUGGUUUUUAAGAAAUUUGUACAGGUUUUCAAGUAAAAUUGAGGCAGUUGUUGGCGGUCUUCAGACGGAGUUCGCUAAUAUUACAAUUCGGCAUACUUGGUAAACUUUUUGAAGGCACAUAUUUUUCUCUCUUUCUUGAAA